AUUCACCACAAGUGUACUAUGUUGGAAUAAAGUUGCUUCCUUGGGAGACUUGCUUUCUACCAAGUCAAUGGGAGGCCUGUGAUGAGAACCCAAUCAACAGUUCUUCUUUAAUUUGAUGAUAUUAGACCACAUCAUGGCACAGUCAACACUACAUUGUUCAUCUUCCUUCACUUAUGAUGUCUUCCUUAACUUUCGAGGUGUGGAUACCCGCAACAACUUCACUGGUAAUCUCUACAAUUCACUGUGCCAAAAGGGUAUUCAAACCUUCAUUGAUGAUGAAGGGCUUAACAAAGGAGAAGAAAUCACACCUUCCCUUCUCCAAGCCAUUGAAGAAUCUAGGAUUUUCAUUUCUAUUUUCUCUGAGAAUUAUGCAUCCUCAACAUAUUGUUUAGAUGAACUUGUCAAGAUCCUUGCGUGCUCCAAGGCACAAGGACACUCUUUCAUGCCAAUUUUUUAUGAUGUGAAUCCAUCAGAAGUUCGGCAUCAAACUGGGUCUUAUGCUGAUGCUAUGGCCGAACACGAGGAGAGGUUCCAAGAUCAGAAGGACAAGGUGCAAAAAUGGAGAGAAGCUUUAUCUCAAGCUGCUAACAUCUCUGGUUGGCAUUUCGCACUUGGGUCACAACAACCAGAAUAUAAAUUUAUUGCCAAUAUCAUUGAAAAAGUGUCUAAAAUAAUCAAUCCUACACCUUUAUAUGUUGCUGAGAACCUAGUUGGGGUGGAUACUCCAUUGCUAGAAGUGACAUCUCUCCUAGAACUUGGCUCUGAUGAUAGAGUCAACAUGGUAGGCAUUUAUGGAAUAGGAGGAGUAGGUAAAUCAACAAUUGCCCGUGCUGUAUAUAACAAAAUUGCUGAUCAAUUUGAAGGUGUGUGCUUUCUUGGUGAUCUAAGAAAAAAAGCAAUUAAUCAUGAUCUUGCACAACUUCAAGAAAUACUACUUUCUGAUAUACUUGAAGAGGAAGAUAUCAAAGUGAGAGAUGUUAACAGAGGAAUCUCGAUGAUAAAAAGGAGGCUUCAUAGAAAGAAAGUCCUUCUGAUUCUUGAUGAUGUUGACAAAUUGAGGCAGUUACAGGUUCUUGUAGGAGGACUUGAUUGGUUUGGCCUUGGUAGCAAGAUCAUAAUCACAACAAGAGACAAGCAUUUGCUAAAUACUCAUGGGAUUGUGAAAUCGUACGAGGUUAAACAGUUAAAUGAUGAAAAAGCUCUUGAAUUGUUUAGUUGGCAUGCCUUUAAAAGGAACAAAAUUGAUCCAAGUUAUGCAGAUAUGUCAAAACGUGCAAUUUCUUAUUUUCAUGGCCUUCCUUUGGCUUUGGAGGUGAUAGGUUCUCACUUGUUUGGCAAAAGUUUAGCUAUAUGGAAAUCUGCAUUAGACAAAUAUGAAAGAAUUCUUCAUAAAGAUAUCUGUGAAGUACUUGAAGUUAGUUAUAAGGAUUUGGAAGAAGAUGAGAAAGAAAUUUUUCUUGACAUUGCUUGUUUCUUCAAUUCUUGCAAAAUUUCCUAUGUCAAAGAAAUACUACAUAUACGUGGUUUUCAUGUGGAAAACGGUAUUCAAGUGUUGAUUGACAAAUCUCUGAUGAAGAUUGAUUGCAAUCAUUGUAUUGUAAUGCAUGACUUGAUUCAAGACAUGGGCAGAGAAAUUGUGAGGCGAGAAUCAACAUCUGAGCCUGGCAAACGCAGUAGAUUAUGGUUUUACGAGGAUGUUGUUCAUGUUUUGGAAGAAAAUACGGGAACUGACACAAUCGAAGUCAUAGUCGUUGACCUAUAUAAAGUCAAAGAAGUGCACUGGAAUGGAAUGGGUUUCAAGAUGAUGAAAAGCUUGAGAAUUCUUAUAAUGGGAAAUGUACACUUCUCUAAAGAACCGCAAAAUCUACCAUUUGAGAAUGCUAGAAUGGAAUGGAUAUAUGUAUCCUUCUUUACCAUUUGAUUUUGAUCCCAAGAAUCUGUCGAUACUUAGCCUGCCUGAAAGUUGCCCCAAAUCGUUCAAAUUACCCAAGGUGUUUAAGUCGCUAAGGUUGAUGAAUUUUGAAGGUUGCCAGUCCUUAACUGUACUACCAAGCUUAUCUGAAGCACCAAAUUUGGUAGCACUAUGUCUUGAUUAUUGCACUAAUUUAGUAAGAAUUAGUACAUCAGUUGGAUCUCUUAAGAGCUUAAUGAUUUUGAGUGUUCAAGGAUGCACCAAGCUACAAUUUUUGGUACCAUGCAUCAACUUGGCAUCUUUAGAGUCUUUGAAUUUGACGGGUUGCUCAAAUCUUGAGAGCUUCCCAGAAGUAUGGGGAAUUAUGGAGAAAAUAAAAGAGAUUUAUUUAGAUGACACUGCCAUAAUUGAAUUGCCAUUUUCAAUUGGAAAUCUUGUUGGGCUUCAACGAUUGUUCUUGAGGCAAUGCCCAUUGGUCCAGCUACCAAGUAGUAUCCAUCAACUACCUUCACUUGAGGUAAUAACAACUUAUGGUUGUGGGGGAUUUCAAUUUUCAAAAGAUAAAGAAAAAGUGAACUCAAGAGUAUUUCCGAAGGCCAUGAUAGUUUAUGAUGAUGAAGGUAAUAAUGAUUUUCUUGAUAUGUGUUAUUUCAACAUAUGCCCCAACAAUGUCAUUGAAGUAAGUCUGCUUCCAAACCUUAGGCAAUCAUUGUUAACUGAUAUGAUGAUAGAAAAUUAGAUAAAGCUAGAAAACAAAGAAUCAUCAAUAUGCUUUUUGUUCAGAAAGAAAUUCCCGAGAAUAGCUCUAUGUUGUGCAGGAGAACCUGGCACGUAUAAAGACAAUAUGGUGUUGGAUUUCAAGCUCAGUGUACUCAUCAAUGACACUAAGCAAUUCAUAUCUUCAUGCAACUUCAUAAUUUCUAGGAAAAGAAUGACCAAGGGGCAAAUACUUCAUUUUGAACUAAGAUGCAAAGAGGAGAAGGAAUUUGUAGAGUGUGAAUGGAACCAAGUAAAAAUUUUAUGUGAGCUGGAAUAUCCAAUACCAUGUGACUCCAAAAGGGUAGCGAUGGCCAACCAGGAUGAGACAAUAAGAAUGCCAAUAUGGUCCUUUCUUUAUGUCUAUCAAGAAAACAGGGAGAAUGUCACAUUUCUUUCCUUUCAUCAGAAAUGUCAAAAAGUACCGAGAGGAAUUGAAACGAUAGUGGAAAAACUUGACCGGAAGUUCACGAGUUAUUUUCACUAUAAAUUUCAAUCUGCACCUUCAGAAUGGUUAUACCUGUAAAAGAGGGUAGGAACUCUCUUAAAUGCAGAGGAUACCGCAUUCAUUCGCUGAAUAUGCAUUAAUCAUGAAUAUAAAUGUAUUUUUGCAAAACAGAUACUGAAAUAUUGUGUAAUGAAAUAUCAAAGAAUACAUUAUUUGUUUUGGUUUUUUGUCCU